UGGUUCGCACGCUCCCCUGUGUCGCCGUCUCCCGUCACACACACGCUCUCUCUCUCUCUCUCUCUCUAAAACACCUUCACCACAACGACACGGAGUUGCAAGACCUCAGCUGCUGCGUUUUCCCCCUCCAUCUCUCCCCAAACACUUCCGAUUCGCUGAAGCCAUUUAUUCGUAUUCGUGUUUUCUGGGUCUUCUUUCUCUUUCAUCCAUUGUCGUUCUUCGAUUGAAGGGAGUUUAAUGUCGGCUUCUAAUUCUUUAAAAAGCCGGUGAGCUUGUAUGGAUCCAAGUAUGGAUUCAGAAGUUCCAGCUCCUCUAGUUGACAAGGUCAAUGUGAUAAUGGAGACAUCACGAGACAGAUCUCUUCCUAGCAAAAAGAAUCAUGUGAAAGUUCCGAAAAGAAUUCAUAAGUCUGAGAGGGAGAAACUAAAGCGUGAACAUUUGAAUGAGCUCUUUCUUGACUUGGCCAAUGCUAUUGACUUGUCUAACCAGAAUAAUGGCAAGGCUUUUAUAUUGAAUGAAGCUACUCGACUGUUAAAGGAUAUGCUCGCUCAGGUUGAGUGCCUCAAAAGGGAGAAUGCAACGUUGCUCUCUGAAUCUCAAUAUGUGACUAUGGAGAAGAAUGAGCUGAGAGAUGAGAACUCUGCACUGGGAUCUCAGAUAGAGAAGCUCCGAAGCGAGAUGGAAGUGAGUGUGGCCCAGCCCAAACCUGACCUGAAUGUAGCUCCUGAAUUUCAUAACCCAGAAACGACACCACAUUUGGUUGAGGACUGUAUCGGAUUGCCUACUUUGGAGCCCUCAUUGCAGCAAGCACCUGUAGUGGGUCCUGUGUAUGUCAUCCAAGCUUAUGGUGAGCCUGAUACUGUUCAUCUUGCAUCCAAGCCUAUGUCAAAUGUGAGUAAACCGCAUGCUAGGUACCCUACGCCAACAGAUUCAUGGCCGUCCCAACUCCUUGGCAAGCAACCACAGGCAAGGGAGGAAUUGUUGGUUAAUGGUAGCAACGCCAUUAGUACUAGAAUUGUUGGAUGAGGCCUGAUGUAUGAUUUUUUUCAUGUUCAGUGUUUGUAGGUUUCCUUGGCUCAAAUUCCCCUACCUUGCUUUUGGGGUAUUGCCAUUUGUAACUUAGCUGUUUAUUUAUAUAUUAGAUGAUGGAUGUUAAUUGAUUUUAUAGCAGAAAAUAUUGGAUGAUU